UUUUUCCAUCCUUUGUUGACUCACAGACUCACACAUGGCAGCAGUAGGUUAAGAAAACACUAUGAGGGAUUGCCCUCCUCCACAUAAAAGCAGUUUCACACCUUAGAGCAUGACGUGCCAUGCUGCUCUGGGAUCUGUUGUUGGAGCAGAUAUUUCAAGCCAGCUUGAAAACUCCUGUAUUAUCCCUUAUGACUUGGUAGUGACUUUCCAAGAGGAGAUAAACCACUCUUUCUCCUGCUUAAUUGCUGGAGCUCCUGGGAUCUGGUUUCCAUCCCACUGCUGUGCCAAGUGCAGGCUUUGCCUGUUCUACUGGUGUUUGUUACUGGAGGAGCAAAGCACCAAGGGUCAGGGGAUUUUUCCUGCCCUAGGUGCUUUCUGGAUAAUGGCGAAGAUGGUGAGAACAACAUGUGCGUUUUGUUCAGAAGGGGAGGCUGGCUCUGUCAUGUAUAUCGCCACAGAGAGAAAUAUUGCAGCUCAUCAGGACUGUCUGUUAUUUUCCUCAGGAUUUGUGGAAUCUGAAGAUCAUAACCCAGAAAAUCUGGAAAUAAGGUUUGAUGUGUCAUCAGUGUUAAAGGAGCUCAGGAGAGGAAAGCGGCUGGUGUGCAACUUCUGCCGCAAGAAGGGGGCCACGGUGGGCUGCGAGGAGCGCGCGUGCCGCAGGAGCUACCACUUCUUCUGCGCGCUCUGCGACGACGCGGCCGUGGAGACCGACGAGGUCAACGGCGUCUACAGAGUGUUCUGCCCAAAACAUGACCCAGGGAAUAGGACCAAUCACUAUGGUGCACCUAAAAAGAAAAGAAGACGUACACUGGCAUCUCCCACCAUCACAGAAGAAAUGAGUACAGAAGAGACAGCAGAAGAAAACAGUUUACGAAUAGUAAAAAGGAAAAACAACAGGCAUAAAGUUCGAAUAGACUUCGUUAGGAAGUGCAAACAAGCUGGGCUUCUGGAUGACAUCUUUGAAGAAAUGCUGGACACACUUCACCUGGCUCAGGAAAAACUGAUGAAUGACAACACUUCAGAAACAGAGUAUGAAGAGACAGUGAUGGCACUGUUUGACUGUGGACUGUUUGAAAAUAUACUCACAAAUAUUUAUUCAGGGAAAUGGAAGGAGCAGAGGGAAGCAGAAAUGCAGUCAAGCAGGGCUUUGCAAAUAAGGAACAGAAGAAAAAAUCCAGAAACUUCUAGAAAGCAGAAAAAGACUGGAUCACAAGAUUGAGGUACUGCAGGACUUAAAAGAAAUCAUCCUUCCUACUCCAGAGAACAGGGCCAGUACAUCCAGUACGGUGUCUGAAUAACCUCUCUGUGAUGGUGCAAUUGUUAGGAUUUUCUAAUGCUAAAAACCAUAGACAAGUCUGGUCAGUGCCCAAUGCCCCAGCCCCAAGAUGAGGGCUGAAUGAGGCAAGAACGUGGUGUUACACUAAUUUUUAUACCUCACUGCUGCAAUAAUUUUAAGUCCUUCAAGUUUUCAAAUUUUCGUAUUCAGAUUUUUCCUGGUUCCACUAUAAACUUCCAUUUAUAUUGCACAAUGGAACAUAAAUGCCUGUUAUUAACUAAAUAUAGCUUUUACAAAAACUCAACAGAACCCUCGAGGGAAGACUUUUUUUCUCAAAGCCAGGGAGUGUUCAGCUGCCACAGAACAGUUGCUAAAUUCCUUGAACUGUGGGAGCCCUCUCCUGGCUGGGCAGUAGCUGCCACCUGCCUUCAACCAGACAGUGAUGGUUGAAGGAUCACAGUGCUGCUUUGGCUUUCCCAAAAAAGAUAAAUGAGCAGAACUUGCACUCAAAGAAGUCUUCUGGCUUACAAACAGGAGCUUCAUUUAAAAAGCCAAAUUAUUCUUUAUUGACUGGUUGAGGUGUACUGUUUCUGCUGCAAUGGCAGUGGAAAAGCAGCGUUUGCAGGCAGACCAGAAAGGGUUGGGCAUUAUAGUAAACACAAGUACUGUCAAAUAGAGAAAACAGUGACUGGAUCUUCCUUUCUCCAUCAAGGAAGGGUUCAAUUUCAUGUGUUUUGUCUUUAAAAUAUUGUUUGAAUACAGAAAAGCAUUGUUUAGCCACAACAGGCUAAUAAAAUAAAACAUUUUUUAAAGGA